AGAUCAUAAGCCAACAAGUUCAUUAAAAUGUGGACAAGCUAGAUAUUGUAUGUAUUGCUCUAAAACAAUGGUUGUUGAUAUAGUUGAACGCUUCCUCCUCCCAUGACUUGCCAAUAACUUAAUCUUGGUUAGGUUACAACUUACAAGUAAGAAGUCAUUUUCUGCUAAAUCCAAGGCCAAAGCUAAGGUUGCAUAAUAUAGUGGAUGGAGCAGGUCUAGUCAAUGGUUUUGACAUUCUCUUAUCAGCAGACAGCAGUUGAUACCAAGUCCACCAAUAUGUAUGAUCACAAGAUGGAGCGGUUUAACAAACUCCUUCCUCCCCGCCCGCCCUUCACAUAUCUUAAUAAAUAUAUAUAAGACUAGAAAACGCAUAGGAUUUUAAAGAUUUGAAUUCAAACUAUUUUCUUCAAAUUCCAUCGAUUCGAUCCCAAUGGGCAAUUCUAUGGCGGCGCACGGUGGCGCCGGAAAAGUGAAGGUGAUUCUUGCAGACGGGAGGGUUUGCGAGUAUGUGGAGCCGUUAACUGCGGCGGAGAUGAUGCUGGAGCAUCCGCAGCAGGUGGUGGUGGAGUUUCAGGCGGUGGCUGAGGGGAAAAAGGCGGCUCCUUUGCCGGCCGACAGGAAGCUGGAGAUGAACAAGGUAUACCUCAUGCUUCCAAUACGGCGCGGCAAGCCGGCCGCGUUGUCCAAGGAGGAAGCCCGACAGCUUCUGGGGAAAACCGACGCUGUUUUGAAAACGAAGCUGUUGUCUUCGUCGUCCUCGGUUUUGUGUCACUACACCGGGUUUGUUCCGCUGUUUGCGCGGAUGUGUCCGGCGUCUUCUUCCGGCGGCGGCGUUGUUCUGAAUGCUAAAAGGAAUAUUGGGAUCCGUUACUUGGGAGAAAAUGAAGAAGAAGAAGAAGAAGAGGGGUCCAAACCGGAUUAUUUCAGUGAAAUAGUGGAGGGAAGGCCGGAGUAUUUGAACAUGAUGAUGAGUAGGCAAUUAUCAGGGAAAGGAUGGAAGCCCAAUUUAGACACCAUUAAGGAGAAAAACAUCAAAACCAAAGUGCGUCAUUGGUUGUUUUAGUAAUUUCAGUUCGAUCAGCUUGCAUUGUAUGCUGGAAUAUAAUGAAUGUUAAUCAGUGUAUGUGUACGUUAAUUAGUCGUCGUUAAUGUCGUUUAUCAAUUCAAACUCAUCGAUCACUACUGUCGUCGUCAUUUCUAAUGUCGUUGCAGUGUACUGUAUAAUAUAUAUAACCAAGUUUGUUCUGAA